AUGUCUGAGGUUAUCCCGAUGACUGCAGUGCACAUCCAGAUGGGGAAGCCGAUAUCGAGAGCAGACACCACGUUGAUAAAUGCCAGUGUUACGGUUGGUAUGUUGAACAAAGGCAAAGAAGGUAUAUAUGUGUCUACCAACAGUCCAAGUUUCCUCUUCUAUCAUCACAAUCAUUACAUACGGACUUUCAAGGAUAUACAGAGACCAGCAAAACCUCUUCUUCUCAACUUUCUCAUCACCACCAUCUCCAAAACUCAAAGACUCCAUAUCUCCAACAACAACAACAACAACAACAACAACAACAACAACAACAACAACAACAACAACAACAACAACAACAACAACAACAAUCUCAUCAUCGACAUGCAAACCCAAGCAAUCAUGGGCCGCGGUGGCUACAACCGCAUCUCACUCCCCACUCUCGGCCGCGGGGGUUACAACCGCGAUGUCAAGACCAGCGGUAUCAGCAGACCCAGCAAUCCCUCCAGCUUGACCGUCCGCUCUGCCCGUUCUGCCGCCGACGAGGGCAGAGGUGGCUACAACUAG